AGGGCACCAGAUAUAUCCAAACAGGGACAAAUGGGGUCACCAGUUUGGUUCAGGGGCCAACAGGGAUCAGCAGGACAGAGCAACAUGCUAUCAACCCUCAUCACUCCCAUAAGACACUGGGAAACGGGAGCAUCGUCAGCUGAGGAUGCAGAUAAUUCAAGCACAAGCAGUUUGGAGGUGAAAGAGAAUCAGGAUAAUAAAAUCCAAGUGGACUGUCAUCUUCUACGAAAGUUUCAUCCAUCAACUUCUUGCACAACUUUCCCCAGACAUGGACCAAGAGCUCUGAAGAGGAAGCAGCCAUUGGUGGACGGGAUAGACCGUCUGCUCUACCAAAGCCACUUGACUUGUAAAAGAGCAGCCUGGGCUGUCACUCAGAAGAACGCGCUGGUGCAGUUGAACGAGUUACAACCCGGUCUGCGGUAUGAGAUCAUGUCAAAGACGGGCCCCCUGCACGCUCCAGAGUUUUCCGUAGGCGUGGAGGUAAACGGUCUCUGCUUCGAGGGUCGAGGACCGACAAAGAAACAGGCCAAGAUGAGGGCUGCAGAGCUGGCUCUCCGGUCGUUCAUCCAGUUCCCGAAUGCCUCGCAGGCUCACGCCACCAUGGGGAACUUCAUCAGCACACCUAUGGAUUUCACAGCGGAUAAACUGGACAUCUGUGAUGCAUUCCCCAAAGACUUUGAACCAUCGCUGCGUGAAAACUGUGAUCUCCUGAAAUGCAACGCAGCAAAAAAGGAGGUCUUCUCCAGCAUAUACAACCACAGACGACUCGUUCGACUCAAGCUGGACUUGUUGGUCUCCUCAACAAAUCCAAAAAGACGAGCCCUCAGCGCUUCACUUUUAGAGCGUCUCAGCCCGGUGGCGCUGCUCAGUGAGCUGCGACCAGGACUCAGAUACGUCUGCCUGACGGAGAGAGUUCAUGGCAGGCCAAUGAGGAGUUUUGUUAUGGUGGUUAGGGUGGAGGGGAGGGUGUUUGAAGGGUGUGGUCACAGUAAAAGGCUGGCCAAGGCUCAGGCAGCAGCAGCAGCUCUACAGUCUCUUUACAACAUAAGUCUGGGACCAGAGAAGAAGGUGAUGGGCCUCCAGGGCAGCAGAGCCAAAGAUCAGCUACCUCAGUUCUUCGCAGAGUCGAUCUUCCACCUGGUGAGGGAGAAAUACACAGAGCUGACAGACAGUUGCUUCUCUACCUCGCACGCCCGUCACAAAGUCCUGGCAGCGAUCGUAAUGACCCGAGGAUUUGACCUCAGAUCAGCCCAGGUCGUGUCUCUGGCUACAGGGACGAAGUGUCUGGACCUGGACGGCGUGAUUGACCGCGGCUGUACGGUCAGCGACUGCCACGCCGAAGUCGUCAGCAGAAGGGCGCUGGUUCGAUUCCUGUACGCUCAGCUGGAGCUGCUGCUCUGUAAGCCAGCAGACGUCGAAGAACAAUCAAUCUUGGUACCAAAUAAAAGCUGCGGCGGCUUCCAGUUGCGGGACGGCGUCCUCUUCCACAUGUACGUCAGCUCGUCGCCGUGUGGAGACGCUCGACUCAACUGCCCCUACGAGACCACAGCCACAUAUCAGAGCCGGAGGUUCCGCUGUCACCUCAGGAUGAAGGUAGACGGAGGCGAGGGGACGCUGCCUGUCACAGCACGGAGAGCCAAUCAGAUGUGGGACGGCGCGUCGUCGGGUAAACCUCUCGUCACCAUGUCCUGCACUGACAAAAUGGCGAAGUGGAGCGUCGUGGGCCUGCAGGGGGCGCUCCUGUCCCACCUGCUGGAGCCGGUUUACCUGCACAGCCUGACGGUGGGGACGCUGAGCCACACGGGUCACCUGAGCCGGGCCAUGGCACGCCGCCUCGCCCCCGUCAAGCACCUGCCCUUCCCCUACCGACGACAGCAGCUGCUGCUCGGAUGUCUGAGCAGCAGCGAGGGUCGGCCGGCUGGAAAGGCGCCAAAUGUCAGCGUGAACUGGAGCUGUGGUGACGGAGGCCUGGAGGAGAUCAACACCUCCACAGGAAGGAGGAAGGACUCGGGGACACCGUCGCGGCUCUGCAGGCGCUCCCUGUUCGCCCGCUGGCAGAGGCUGCAGCUGCAGUUGAGUGGUCAGAUAUCGGGCACAGAGGCCACUGGGGGAAGAUACGCUGGUUCUAAGAUGGCUGCCGAACGCUACCAGAGGGCCAUGCAGCAGUUUACCGGCGCUCUGCAGGGUGCAGGGCUGGGAACGUGGAUCAGAAAACCACCAGAACUGGGUGGCUUCAAUGUCAGUGUGUGAACGAGUGUGUUAAAGGCUGAACAUUGAGGGUUAUGGGUUUCCUUUGUGAGAAUGGAGAGCAGAAAUUAAGUUAAAAUCUUUAUUAUGCAAAUGAGCACAGAGCAUAAAUCAAAUUCUGGCAAAAUCUGGAGUAGACGUCAUAGCGUGUGUAGCUAGCUUAAGUAGCCUAAAAGCUGUUUUUCUAGUUUAAACUUUAACAACCACAUAGCUGCUUCAAGCUCAUUGGAGAACAAACAAACAUUGAAGAUAUUGUUUCUGUAUGUUCAACUAAGCAAUAUCCACUGUUUGAGUAAAAAAUUAACUUGUGAUUAAAACUAAGCUAACAGUUAGCUUGCUAAGAAACAGCUUCCUAGCUAAAGCAGGAUGUUUAAAUGUGGGGUUGAGCACUAUAAUUCAGCGUUACUCUCAUAUCAUACAGACUGUAAUUACAAGCAACCAAUGUCGAUAACUAAUAAUUACUAAUAAUCUACCACCUGAGUACAAGAGCUACAUUAAGUAUCAACAAAACAGUGGAAGAAUCACUGCAAAGAUUUCAAAAUACAAUAAUUGAUUCAGCCAAUUAAAAAGCUAUACACUGCAUUUGAUUUUUAUUCAUUGCCUGGUGUUUGGGGAGAAUACUUAAAGAGAAUUUAUACUGUAAGUAUUAUUAAGUAAGUGGGUAUAUAUUCUAUUAUUAAGGGUACAGUAUGACCAUUACUGACGUU